UUUCACCACCGACAUCGUCAUCAUCACUGGCAUCAUACACAUGAACUCCCACCACCACCACUACAGUCAUUCAGCAGUAUAACACGUGACUGAUAGCAUUCGAAUCUACUCAACAGUCAGACAGAGACGUUACUAGAAGCUACCUUCCCACCAUUUAGGCGUGCCAUCAUAAUGGCUGUGAAUGUUUUCAGCACAAAUGCUACAGUAGGAGACCUCAGUAGACAUGAUAUACUUGCUUGGUUGAAUUCAAGCUUGGAUUUAAAUUACACAAAAAUUGAAGAAUUGUGUACAGGUGCAGCCUAUGCACAGUUCAUGGAUAUUUUAUUUCCAGGCAGUAUUCCAUUGAAAAAAAUUAAAUUCAGUACUCGAUUAGAACAUGAAUAUAUACAGAAUUUCAAACUUCUUCAGUCCAGUUUUUGCAAGCUUAAUGUUGAACAGGUUGUUCCUGUAGAGAGGCUUGUGAAAGGAAGAUUCCAAGAUAACUUUGAAUUCGUCCAAUGGUUCAAAAAGUUUUUUGAUGCUAACUAUGAUGGACGCGAAUAUGAUGCUAACUCUGCCCGUAAAUUAGCUGGAAUUGCGGCUACCUCUGCUAAACCAUUACCAGCAAGUACCAAAACCCAUCCUCCAAAAACUGCUGGCGUUAUGACAAAAACAACUACAAGGCAAGCUGCUCCUGUUUCAGCCAAAGCUCCUACUCGUCAAACAGCUCGUCCUGCAGGUGCUAAUCAAUUAGACAACAAAAGCGAAGAUCUAAGGAAGCAGAUUGCAGAUAUGAAAAUUGCUGCUGAUGGUUUAGAAAAAGAGAGGGACUUUUACUUUGGAAAAUUAAGAGCUAUUGAAAUUCUUUGUCAAGAUCAUGAAGACGAUACUGUUGUCAAGGAAAUCAUGGAAAUAUUGUAUGCCACAGAGAUGUCAGAGUAGAUGGUGCCCGAUGUUAUGAGGACAAAAAUGAAAUUGAUAAGAUGGCUUUGCUGCACCAGAUGAUGAUGGAUUUGCAGACAGUGCAGAUGGCAAUGUGGAAGAAUACUAAGUGCUCACGUCUAUACUUUGGAGGGCAAAAACAAAAUUUGAACUCAUUCUUUACUUAUUCUCAUUGGAAGAUAUCAAUUCACAAUCCCUAUGUGAUAUUUCAUUGUGAGUGGGGCCCCUUUCAGUCGCAGCAGUUUGAUAUCCUUUUUUGUCUUCAAUGUCAUCAAAGGGGCUAAAGUGAGCUAGCAUCUGGAAGGGGUCUGCUGCUACUACUACACAUUACCACAACCUGAAAAUAUUGGGCUUUCCGCUGUAACCAGAACUUGGCCGAACCUCUUUCUCUCUUUCUCUGUCUCUUGUACACAGCAACUCUAACUCUUUACUUCUUAAAGACAAUGACUGCUUCUCAAGCAUUUUCUACUUUCAAUGAAGCUAAAUGUAAAUCCGGCUUUGUUCUUGUUACAAUCAAAACAUUAUUAUUAAUAUAAUUAUUGAGUGGCUAAAGAUUCUCAUAUAAAACAGUUUGCAAUGAACCUUUGAUAGCCAUCUGCUCCUGUGUUUAUCAGCAGGAGGUGGUUACUGUAUGGAAUCAUAGAGAUUGUGUCCAAUUCAAUUUUCAAUUUAGUUUGGGGAGUUUCUAAUUCUGAAAGAGAUAUUGAGUUACGUAGGAUCUCUCUUUCUCUCUCUCUCUCUUCUCUCUCUCUCUCUCUCUCUCUCUCUCUCUCUCUCUUUCUCUCUCUCUGUGUAUGUAUGUAUAUUUUACAUGUGUAAUGUGUGUUUGUGUUUUUUAUGUGCUUUACUUGAUUGUGGUGUAAAUGUAGUGUGUGAAUGUCUGAGUGAUGAAAGUUAUUCGUAAGAGGUUCUAUGGAGUUUGUAUCAUACUAAGGUGACUAACUCUUCAGUGAAUGUUUGUGCUGAACAUUUGUCACCUCAAUAUAAUACAAGCUAGGUUUGAAGUGCCUGCUACUGCUUGCAAACACAAAUAUUCCUGUAUAAUAGUUAGUAUAUGAACCCUCGCACUUCGACCAAACAAAAAGUAACUAUGAAUAUAAACCCAGCAACUUAACUCCACUUUUCAGCAGUACUGUCUACUCAUUCUCUUCCUAUGUCUGUGUGUCUAAUCUCUUGGCUGUUUGCUACCUGUUAAUGUUGUCACUCUGCUUUGUGUCUGAAAUACCUAAUGGCAAUUCAAUAUCUUGUAAAUUAGCUUCCCACUAUGCAAAGUUCAUUAAAGGCAUCAUUAAUGUUCAAGGGGGAGGUGUCUUUUAUUUCUUUUACCCCCCUUUUUUUUUUUAAUAAAACCUGAAAUAAAACAAUUAAAAUUUUUUUUUUUUCAUUUAACAAUCAUGUCUUUCCUUUUCAAAGAUAAAAUAAUAGGUUUCUGCUAUUAUUUCAAUCAAGACAUUUCAAAAAUUUUAACUGUGUUUAAGAAUCAUUAAAGGUAUCUUUGAAUCUGACUCUUUUCACCACUUCUCAUAAUCUUUCUAACUCUAUGAGUAACGUCUUUCUCUCACACACAAAUGUUUUAAUUUUUAACUCUCUCUCUCCUCUGCUCCUCUUUCUCUCUCCUCUCUAAUCAAUUAUGCUGUUUUACUUUUCUUUUUCUUUUUUUUAUUGCUCUUGCUGAUGUAGCAGUCAGUUGUACAUUAUGUCCUGUCAUUUCAGUUCUCCAGACAGAUCAAUAAAUCAAAUCUAUAACAGCCA